GGACCAAAAUUCCUCGUCUUCAAAGACAUGGGCAACCUUUUCUCGGCGUGUUGUGGUGGAGAGCGUAAGGGUGGACAGAAACUCGGAUCAUCAGAGUCAACAGACCCGGCAACCCCGUUGACGGGCCCAAAAAACAGGCAAACCGAUGCCGAGAGAGAAGCACGGCUAGCCGCGGCAGAAGCAAGAGCACAGGCCUCGGCUUCUCGAGGAGUUCAAGGCGGUGGAGGUUCUUUAGCAGCCAAGCUAGAGUCACAAAAGAGUAUUGGUCCGGGACGACUCCCGAUUGUCGAUCGUGAGCAACCGGAUUUGGCUGCAGAGUGGCGGGCGAGUUAGGGAGCGGAAAAACGCUUGUGUAUAAUGAUUUUUUGUUUGCCGGCUGGCCGGUUUGAGAAUGUUUUAAUGACGGUGUAGGCAUUUUUCUUUUUAGAAUAUCGAUCAUUUUUCAAUAGGACCAUAAUCGUUCAAAACGAUAUUUAGCAAAAAAG